CUUUUAUGUUUGGCCGUCAAAAUCAGGGACGAUAGUUCGUUCUCACGUUCUCUCCAUCUUCACUCUCCUCUGAGAUCCAGACUCUUAUUAUUGAUCGGAAGAAGAAGAAGAAGAAGAAGUCGAGGCAUUUUGGAGCGGUGGUUGAAGAGGAGAUGAUGGCUUCGGAUCCAAAACUGAAGGCAGAGAUAGGUCCCGACGGAUUAGCAAGAGAAGCUCCCGUUAUUGCUUACACUGAGAAGAUAAUCGAGGAAGAGCAGCUUCAGUUGAGGAAAUACAUUGAGGAGAACUAUUCAAAGAUAAGGGAUGUAGAAAGGGAAUUUGGAAACCUCACCUUGGAGAUGAAACUCACUGCUGGUCCUAAGAAAGCUGCGCUGGAACACUUGAGAAAGAAGAUUGAAGCCUGUACUGAAAAGAUCCAUGCUGCUAAGUUGAAAGAAGAUGAAGCUAGAAAGGCAUAUGAAGCAGCAUCAAAAGUUGUCAAGGAUGAAGAAGCAAUAAAACAGAGCCUUUGCGAUGAUUUAAACAGUCUGGUACAAGAAAGCAGCAAUACUCAGUACGCCAGACUUGAGGAACUGAAAAGAAGACUAGAAGCGCUAAAUCCAAACAGAUCAUCUACUUCUAUUCAGCAAGUCCAUGAACCGGAGACUAAAUCUGUAGCCGAGAGCUCACCCGCAGCAGCCAGUGCUAAUCAGACUCACCGGGAAAACCCAGUAAAUGACAACGGGAAGGAAGAGGGAGGUAAAGAACAAGGACAGAGGCCAGAUGGAGAAUCAAAAGCGAGAAAGAAACCACAGAUUCAAGGAAGGGGAAGAGGAAUUGGAAUCAUGAACAAAGGUAGAGGAGGUUGGACAGGUGCUGGAUUCGAUGUGGAUGGUAGAAACUGAAAAGUUGAAACAUAUAUUACAAUACACACAUCCAAAAAUUACCAGGUAGUUUCUCUUUAUCUUUUAACAUCAAUGGACCUAUAGCUCCACAGAGACCUCUCAGUUACUCAUGUGUGUUACUGACUAGUAAAACCAUUCAAUCAUAUUUGGCUUCUUUAAUCAUCAUUCUUAGUUUAGAUCUC